AUCGAUCCAGUAACACCUCUUUAUUUUAAAAAAAAUUUCAAUGUAGGUACAGAAUUGACCCUUCUACAGAUUUAUUUUAUGUAUAUAUAUUUUAUAUCGACUAAAAUUUCACAAUACAAUAUUACAUUUUCUGAUUAUAUUAUUUUUAUAGUACAGAAAUAAAACCGACAAACUUUCCACUGCAACAGACGUAUUUUAGUCAGCAUGUGUUUUAUUAUUGUGAGUUUAUUUAUCGCCACUCUUGUUCUGCACGCCAGUAGCCGCAACCCUGCAUUGAGGAUCAUUGGCGGCAGCGAUGUCGCUGAAGACGAGCUCCCCUAUGUUGGAAGGUUACGAUUACAUCAUGUUGUUAAGAACCAAGGAAUUGCUAUCUUUACAAAACGUAAGCAUAUCUGCACCUGUUCUAUGUUCACACCAAACUGGGCGUUGACAGCCGGUCAUUGUAUUACACCGUUUCUAAUAACAAGUUCCAUCGAAAAAGACGGAGUUAUGAUGAAGGACGAAUAUUAUAUAGCCUACGGUCCUCUUGAGAAAAAUCAUACGAGCCAAAUUUUACAAUGGUAUAGACACCCUGGCUAUUUGGGUAAAAAUUUCCCAUUUCGUUUGGUCAAUGAUAUAGGUUUAAUAAAAACUGAAGAAACUGUUCUGAGCCAAUAUGGGCAUAUUAGUGCAUUGGAUUCCACAAGCUUGCUUGGAUUGGAAGCGACUGUGACUGGUUACGGGCUAAUGAAGAUAGCGGAAGUGAUCGCUGCCGCGGAUUUUUUCGAGAAACCUUUACAAAAGCUAGAUGUUGUUGUCACUAAAUGCAGUCCAAGUUUUCAAGGUGUACGUCCAAGAAUGUGUGUGUCGCGGCGUUGUGGCCAGUUGGAAGCAUUGUGUCCGGGAGACUCAGGCGGACCACUCCUGCAUGCCUCAGGCAUUGUUGGUGUUAAUAGCGCUGCACCAGGCUUUGCAUGUUUCGUUGACAUACAGUUUCUGGAACUCGGCGACAUAACACCCACCAGUCCUUUUAUUGAUUGGAUAAGUGAUGUAAUAAAUAGAGAAACCAGUGCUUAGGUUACUUACAAGAACCAUUUUCAAAAAAGUAUAUGUCUAACUUUUCGAAAAUUUAAGUCAGUCCAGCUUUUUACCGUCAUCAUAAAUAAUUUUAAUUUGAUAGUUUAUAUACUACUAGCUUCCGCCCGCGAAUCCGUACGCGCGGAUGUCGGUCUUCGUGUGGAAGUUUUAUUUCUCCAUUUUGAGUAACUCUGACAAUGACAUCUUAUAAAUAUCUAUUGGACUUGGGUCCAAUAGUACGAUGUGAUGCCUAUAAUAAUCUCCUUAAUUAUUAUAGGCCUCGCCGUAUUUGGAUACGGCGAGGCCUAUAAUAAUUAAGGAGAUCCCUUUAUUGAGCUACUGCUGUUGAGCUCCCGUUCUGUAGAAUAAAACUGUUGCACGUAUUUUUCCAGGGUAAAAAGUAUUAUAUUUUAUGCACAGGAUAAUAACUUAUAAUUAUACCAAGUUUCAUCGAAAUCGAAUCGUUAUCGUUUUCACGUGAUGCCUGAACAUACAGAUAGACAGACAGACAGACAAAAAAAAAUUAAUCACAUAUUUGGGUUUGGUAUCGAUCCAGUAACACUCCCUGCUAUUUAUUCUUUCAAUAUUUUCGAUGUACAGAAUUGACCCUUCUACAGAUUUAUUAUAAUACUAGCUUUUGCCCGCGACUUCGUUCGCGUGGAAUAGUGACUUCCGGCAAAUUUUUGGUUUUAACCACAUAGUUCCCGAUCUCGCGGGAUCUCUUCAAAAAUGAGAUGUGGAAGAUAUUCCAGGGAACUCUUCAAAAAUCAACAUAAUGAGCUCUGCGUUUGAAUUUAAUAGAUGUAUACUCACUUAGGGCAUUGAAAAAAUAGUUUAAAAACGGACUUAAACUAACUUAAAACUAAAGAAAGCUACGAAUUACGAAUUUAUAACAAUUAAAAAAGAAACUAUAUUACAACCUAUCCUCUAUGCUAUAAUAACCAAGCUUAAACUAAAUAAUUUAAAAGAAACGACUUAAAUCUAAUCUAAUUAAAAAAAAAAUAGACUUACAAUUUUAUUAAAAAAACUAACUACAGUAACUACUAAUAAUCGAUAUCAAACUAAACCUACGUUAAAUAGUUUAACCAAAAAACCAGGAAAACCCAACAAAUAAACUUAUUAAUUGACAAAUACAACGAAACUAUUAAACAAAUACAAUUGGUUUAAAGUGUAUCGUAUUAUACGAUACACUUUUUCUACGAUAGUACCGAAGCGCUCGGCCAACCAAAUGAAUGUAACGAAACCAUAGCGCGAUCUAUUUCGAUCCCAACGCCAUCUAUCGAGGAUAAAGACAACUUGGAUUAUUUAUUUAUACUCCGUUCGGGCAUUUUCUUUGUACUAAAAGUUUAAUUAUAUUGAUAUUAUUUUUUUCAUACCUUUUUACUAUUUAUUUACUUUUUUUGAUGAAUUAAAACAAUAACAUGAACCGAAGUCGUGUAACGAUCGACAUAGAAUUAUCUAUACUCCGUUAGAGCAUUUUCUUUGUACUAAAUGUUUUAUUAUAUUGAUAUUAUUUUUUUCAUACCUUUUUACUAUUUAUUUACUUUUUUUCGAUAAAUUAAAACAAUAACAUGAACCGAAGUCGUGUAACGAUCGACAUAGAAUUAUUUAUAAAUAAUUUAUUUCUUAUUUUUAUUUUUUGAUUUUUGAAAUAAAAAUAUAUCUAUGUCCUUUCUAAGGUUCUAAACUAUAUCUGUACCAAAUUUCAACCAAAUCCGUCAAAUAGUUGCGGAGAUUAAUGGUAUAAGCAUAGAAUGUUCGACGUGAUUCUUUAAUAUGACAUAACUUUUUUAUUUAUGAACCGAUUGACAUGAAACAAACACUAAAUGUAAAUUUAAGCAUCCCACAAUAUAUUCGUGAAAACCGCAUCCAACUCGGAUCAGCCGUUUCUGAGAUUAGCGCGCACAGACGAACAGACAAACAGACAAAAAAAAGUUAAUUACAUUUUUGGGUUCGACAUCGACAUAACAAUAACCCCUGCUAUUUUUUUUAUUUUUAUUUUCAAUGUACAGACAGCACUUUUCUACGAUUUUAUUAUAUGUAUAGAUAUGAAUUAAUGAAUGAGAGUGUUAUAAACGUAAGAGUAGACAAAUAUAAUCAGAAAGCUCCGAGCUGCGAAGCUAUCGAGAGUUAUACGUGUUAUUGUGAGUCAACCAUAAAAGAUAGACAUUUACUGUCGUGGAAUAUUUUUUAAACAAUUUUAAGGAGAACAUUUCCCUCAUUCAUGUUUUCUGUGUAGCUUUAACCAUUAAGGCUGCACACGCGACGGAAGCCUAAAAAAUGAAGUAAGUUCUCCUGUUUUC